UGAUGUAACCCCCUCCUCACCAUGUGACACUUUAAUUAAUAAUCGCGCUCGGCACAACAACAGCACAGCGCACGUUCCCGCCACGCCGGCCGCUCCCGGGGUCUGGGCUGGACAGGCCGGGCGCAGCGCAGCCAUGUGCCCCUGCGCGCUGCACGGCGGGCCCCCCGCCGCCUGCCUCUGCAGCUCCGCCCGGCGCGGGGAGCGCUUCUCCGGGGCGCAGCUGGUGGCGGCCCGCCUGAAACUGGUCGGCGAUGAGUUGCAGGAGCGGACCGCGUGGCGGAGGGCGAGCAGCAGGCGGGCUGCGGCCGGGAGAAGCCUGGCCACCUACCUGUGUCUGCUGUGCGCCGCCACGCAGGUGGCCGCGCUGGUCUGGCUGAUCCGCAAGAGGAGCUGGUAGGGACAAGGGCUCGGGCAGGAGCUGAGAGCAACCGGGAAGAGC